UGCAGUCUGACUCCGUAUCACGCUGUGCAUCUUGCUUUGGGCUUUGGGUUGGAUUUGCAGCUGUCCUCACAAUGAGUUGUAGUAUUAAGCAGACAACUGGCUCUCUCAGGGGCAGGACCAGCGGUGGCAGCUGUGUUAUUGGUGGUGGUGGUGGUGGUGGAGGAGCGCGGAUGUCCUCAGUCUCCUCUGGAAGAUACACAACUUGUGGGAUAGGUGGUAGCCGAGGCUUCUCUGGGAGAAGCUACUGCGGCGGUGUGAAUUACGGAGGAGGACUGAGCAGCGGCAGCCUGGUCGGUGGGAGCUAUGGAGGUGGCUUAGGAGCCACUGUCCUCGGAGGAUGCUCAGGCAUUGGAUUCAGCGGUGGCAGUGCCCGCUUUGGCGGUGGCAUUGGAGGUGGCAUUGGUAUCGGUCUUGGUGGAGGGGGUUUUGCUGGUGAUGGCAUUCUUCUUUCUGGUGACGAAAAGGUCACCAUGCAGAACCUUAACGACCGCCUGGCUUCUUACCUGGACAAGGUGAGGUGCCUGGAACAAGAAAAUGCUGACCUGGAGUGCAGAAUCAGGGAGUGGUACGCCAAGCAGGGCCCCUUUUGUGAGCCACGGGACUACAGCUGCUAUUAUAAAGAAAUAGAAGAUCUUCAGAACCAGAUUGUCUGUGCAACCAUAGACAACAACAAGAUCAUUCUGGACAUCGACAACAGCAGGAUGACAGCCGAUGACUUCCGAGUGAAGUAUGAGACAGAGCUGGCCCUUCGCCAGAGCGUGGAGGCCGACAUCAACGGGCUGCGCCAGGUCCUGGACCAGCUGACGCUCUGCAGGUCCGACCUGGAGGCACAGCUGGAGUCGCUGCGGGAGGAGCUCUGCUGCCUGAAGAAGAACCACGAGGAGGAAAUGAACUGUCUGAGAAAGCAGUCGACUGGAGAUGUGAGCGUGGAGGUCAACGCCUGCCCUGGGCCAGAUCUCAGGCAGAUCUUGGAGGAUUUGAGAUGCCAGUAUGAAACACUGAUAGCGCGCAACCGCAAGGAAGUUGAGGAUUGGUACGAGUGCAAGAUUGAGGAGGUGAAUCGGGAGGUGAUCACGAGCGGUCAGGAGGUGGAGACGUGCAACAACCAGGUCACCGAGCUGAGGCGGCAGCUGCAGGCCCUGGAGAUCGACCUGCAGGCUCAGCUCAGCCAGAGGAAUAAUCUAGAAUCCUCCCUGGCUGAGACGGAGUGCCAGUACAACACGCUGCUCGGGGAGCUGCAGAACCAGAUCACGUGCGUGGAGCAGCAGUUGGCAGAAAUCAGAGCAGAAAUCGAGUGCCAGAACCAGGAGUACAAGACCUUGUUGGAUGUCAAGUGCCGUUUGGAACAGGAGAUUCAGACCUACCGCUGCUUGUUGGAAGGAGGACAGCAGGACCUUAUUCACGGAGGAGGAAUCGGGAGCGGAGUUGGAGGAGGAGUCAUUAGGACAAGCCACACCUACACUACAACCACAGCAUCCCACUGCCAGCCACAAGUCCCGCCCUGCAAGACUGGGGACAUACAGGUGACCUGCAGGAGGAUCUGUGACUGAGGAGAACCGGACCAGGAGACGACACACAGAGAAACCCAGACAAAACAAGAGCACUCGGUGCUCACUGCACGCCUCUAUGCAGACAAAGUAGAACUCAGCGACGCUUUGCCAUGUAUCUCCCGGGGCCUCCUGGGGUCUCCUUUUCUCAUUCUGCUGCUUCUGUAACGCUGCGAUCUCCACAAGUCACUAGAGUUAGUCAGGAUCACUAACGUACCCGCUGGUGAAAAAACUUCUCUAAUAAAACUGUGCUUCUGCCUGAUGCAAUCAA